AUGGAAUCCAUCAAAAUUGGUCCUCACUUUCCUCAUUGGCUUCGUACUCAAAGAAAUGUUGUAUACCUGUUUAUGUCUAAUGCCAGCAUCUCAAGUGCUAUCCCUGAUUGGUUCGAGAAAUUUUUCUGGAAUAGCUAUGCAUUAGAUCUCUCUAAAAAUCAGAUAAGUGGAGCGCUUCCCUUGAAACCACAUGUUGAAGGUUACAUGCGGAUGAAUCAUCUUACUCUUUCAAACAAUUAUUUGAGUGGUGGCAUCCCCAAGCCGCUAUGUAGUUUAAAAGAUUUAGAGAUUCUUGCUCUAUCUACAAAUCAGUUAUAUGGAGAAAUACCUCCAUGCUUAGGAAAAUUACAAAACUUGAAAGUUCUUGACUUGGGGAAUAACAAUCUAAGUGGCAACAUUCCAAAAUCAUUGGGAUCUCUACAAAGAUUAUCCUCUUUCCACUUGCAGAAUAAUGAACUUGAUGGGAAACUCCCAUCAAGCAUGCAGAAUUUAACUAGUCUGAAAAUCUUGGAUUUGAGUGAAAAUAAAAUUAUGGAUGUUAUCCCUUCAUGGAUUGGGGAAAAAUUAUUGAGUUUGAAAUAUCUUGUCUUUUAUAGAAAUAAGUUCUAUGGGGAUAUUCCAUUGCAAGUAUGUCAACUGCAUGAUCUUCAAUUGUUAAAUUUGGCAAAUAACAACAUAUCAGGAUACAUCCCACAGUGUUUUGGAAACUUUACUGCAAUGGCUUUUGAUGGCAACCAGACACACCUUGAGUACACCGCAUAUUAUGAUAACAUGUAUGAAGAUGAAAUUGAUGAAGUCAUAAAAGGAUUAGCAUUGCAGUACACUAAAAACCUUCAAUUCCUAAGAUCUAUAGAUCUUUCAGGGAAUCAUAUUGUUGGAAAGAUCCCCGUUGAGAUAAUGAGUUUGCAUGCAUUGCAGAACUUGAAUGUUUCUAGAAAUGAUCUGAGUGGAACAAUCCCGGAGACAAUUGGCAAUUUGAGCAAAAUUGAAUCACUUGAUUUAUCAAGAAAUGAACUCUCUGGUCCUAUUCCACUAAGCUUGUCAUCUUUGAAUUUUUUGAGCCACUUGAACUUAUCAUUCAACAAUUUAUAUGGAAGGAUACCAAUAGGACGUCAACUUCAAACCCUCAAUGAUCCAUCCAUUUACAUGGGCAAUGCGGGACUUUGUGGUGCCCCACUUCCAAAGGAUUGUCCGGGUGAUGUACCAUCUUUUGCUAAUCAAUCUACAAAAACCAGUAGUGAUGAUGACCAUGAGUUUUUCAUGUGGUUCUAUGCUGGUUUGGGGCUUGGUUUCUUUGUUGGAUUCAUUGGAGUAUUAAGCAUUCUACUGUUCGCAAGAUCUUGGAGCUAUGUGUACUUCAAAUUUUUAAAGAUGGCUUACAACAAAAUACUCUAUUAUUUUUAUUAA